GGGAAGCAAUCUUGUAAACAUUGAACAGUCCGGCACUUGAAAAAAAAAAGAAUUGUCUUUAAAAUGUAUACCAGAAGGAGGUCGGCAGUAAAUGGUAAUCAAGGGUCUUAAGGAUGAGUCAGUGAAAACGGCCAGACGAUCCAGAAUCUGCAAAGCGAAUUUCUCCUGAGACAUCACUGACAAACGAAAUACUCUGACGCAUGUUAAGAAGCAAUAUCGCAAGGAUGUUUUUGGAGGAGAAGCAGAAGAAUCUCGAACGUCAAAGAAUGAUGCUGUACAGCCAAAAGUCGGUAACAAAACAAUAGAGCUUGACCGACGAUGAAAGAGAUGGUAAACUAUUUUGUUACACUGCAGGAUCUACGAUCCUGGAUUAGCACUCUGGCUUAGAGACCAAAAUAUGGCAUGGUGCCUCUCUUUCCAGACCUGCAAUAUCUAACAAAAACAGCAACAACAAAAUUAAAGUAAGUUUGAUGAUUCUUCAACCAAAGCAAGCUUGAUAAAACUCCAACCAACCUUUUUGGGGCACUCGACAGCGGACGAAUGAAGGUACAGUUUUCUAUAACUGUUUAUUGCCGUAAUAUUCUCAGACGCUUUGAUUGCUAAACAUUAUUCCUGUAGAAACCGCUUCUUGAUUGAAAGGUUGCGCCAAGCUGUCUGCCCAGGCAACAAAACAUUGGAUAAACUUCGUCAACAUCAGUUUUGAUUUCAAACCAGAUACGAGAAGUUACAAAACUGCGAAGAAAAUACUGUUUUGGGCGACAACACUGCGCCAAAAAGUUACCAAUCGGUAUUUAGUGUGAGUUAGAAAAAAAGGAACAAGUCCGCAGAAUGUUGCAAGAAAACGACAUCUACGCGCCCGAGUACGCCGUGACGGACCUCCGUACGGGCCAGCUGAACAGCAACGAGCGGGCCAGACUGCAGAUCGUCCUGCGGCACAUCGAGCGGGCUUAUCGGCUGAACGAACAGCGGGUGGACCGGUACAAGCAGCAGCUCCGACGGGAGUUGAUCGACUUGGAGGCCAACAAGGCAGCCAUGCGGUCCCACGCUCUGGGAUACGGGCGGUUGGAGCAGCUGGAUCAUGCCUCUCAACGAGAGACGCUCAAGGUUUUCUCGCAGCGAGGCCGGUACAACUACUCCCUCAAGAGCGAGGUCAACUUCCAUCGGGAGUGCAUGAGCAGCUACAACGCGAGGCUGGAGCACGCCAAGAAACUCCUGGCAGCGGCCAGGAGGCAGUCCCUGCAGGCCAUAGCCAAGGGGGACGCCGUGUUCCCCCGCGGGAGAGACGGCGAGGGUAACCGAGAGAUGGACGGUCAGGGGGAGGCUCUAGAAGGCAGUUAUCGGACGCGGACUCCAACACCGGGGGAUUUCAUAUUUCCCAGAAUGUGAAGAAAACCGCCUUGUCAAAUGAAGUGUUUAGGCCUUAUUGGCGGAUCUACGAGGUGGAGGUGGAUGUUAUGAGGUUUAACAACCCCCUUGGGCAAUAUAGCACACGUUCGCUACCCCACGACAGCAAAAAAAACCCUUUUGAGCCAAACUAGGAACAGACCCGGUUUUUACAUGUUACGUUUUGUACAGGAUGAUAAGAGAGGACGCCCUCUUGUGUUAAUCAGUGUAUGUUAUGGGGGCGCUAUUCGCUCUUUUCACACUUCCGCCAUGGGCGUGCAGAGCCUCGAU